AUGAACGCCUUGUCCCUCUUGUUACUGGUGGUUUCGACUGCCCAUGCAUUUGCUCCGGCUGCAAGGAACCAUGCCCGGUCCAGUGCUCUAAGAUCCGCGGCUGCGGCCGAAUCCGUCGCCGAUGGCUUGGUCAAGACCGUCACCAAGGCAGGUCAAGGACUUCCCGUGCAAUUGGGCGAUAUUGCCACUGUCAAAUACAGCUGCUAUCUACCCAAUGAACCAAAGACGCCACCCUUUUCCAAGUCCAACCAACAAAAAAUUGUAAUUGGGGAUGGAACCAUGAUCCAGGGAUGGGACAAGGCCAUUCGCACCAUGAGGAUUGGAGAACGAGCCGUGGUCCGGAUCAGUGAUCCCGCUCUGGGUUAUGGAAAUGUGGGAGUUCCUCCCCUGGUCCCUCCGGGUGCCGAAAUUGAAUUCGAUUUGGAAAUUUUGGAUUCCCAACCUCCCAUGGCCAAUAUUGAUUUCGACAACUUGGCCAUGGCCGACAGCACUCCGAGAACUGCGCAACAAAUUUCAGAUGCCUACGAAGUCCGAAGAGCCCAGAUGGCAUUGGAACCCGAAUUGGAAGGACUGGAAGGAUGGAUUGCAAAGGCCAAGAAUUUCUACUUUUUCGGUCUAUUUGAGGGCGAAACAGGACAGCAGGCUCCCUGGUUUUUGAGACCUAGCAUCACCUUCCCAAUUGCGUUCCUGGUGGUGGGAGCAGCAUUUUACAUUAGUUAUGCUUCCGGUGCCAUUACCGAACGAGGUGCACAAGUCACAGACGAACUCGAUGAAAUUAUCCUCAGCAGCGCCGCCAGCGACCCAGCGGGUUUCUUGCUGGCCAUGACAUCCCUGGUUUCGAAUAGUAUUGAAAUCUGA